CAGGGGCGUGCAGAGAUUCGCGGCCCGUGCGGCCCUCCAGUGCAUCGAACACUCCGCUUAAGACUAUAUAGUUGGAGAUAGAUCGAAACGGCCACCCUUUCAUGGCUUCAAACAACAAUGAAAAAAUUUCCUUCAAGGAUUUUAUCUUGGCUAUCACGGUGUUCUCUGUGACCGUUCUUGGGGUAGGCGGCCUACAGUGUGAGAAUGGCUUCGUGGUGGUGACCAGGGAGAGACGGGUCGGAGAUGAAAUAACCAUGAUACAAAUUUGCUGUCAAGAUGUAACUUGUGGUCCAGGAGCGAAGGCAGUGGCCUGUGAGGAGGGCGACCCGUAUUCCUCAGCAUGUGACCCAUGUGAGACGGGCACAAGGCAAGAGACCACGACUACACUGGCAAUGGGCAGUACGAGCUGCGAACCGAACGUUGACUGCAACAAGCGGUUCAGAGUAACCAAAUUCGCAGGAAACUCGACAUCAAAUUCUGUGUGUGGUGACUGCUUUCUCGGCUAUAGAAAUGCUAACAACCAGCAGAUAACAAAGGAGUGUUUGGUAAAUAAUUGCCCGCCAGGACAGGAACCGGAACGAGAUGGCUGUCAGAACUGUAGUUCAAUGCAUUUUUCGGCCACAAUGGAUUAUCUGCCGUGUAAGAAGAGAACGAAGUAA